AUGUCCGUCCCUGAAGGAUUCCAAAUGGUGUGUGAGGAGCCCUCGCACGAAGGAGCCAGAGACGUGAUCAAUUCCAACCCCUACGGCCCCAAUGCCGGAGAUUACUUAAGCAAUGUGUCGAACUUUCAAUUGAUUGAGUCGACUUUGAGAGAGGGAGAACAAUUUGCCAAUGCCUUUUUCGAUACGGAGAAGAAGAUUGAGAUUGCCAAGGCUUUAGAUGAUUUCGGUGUUGAUUACAUCGAGUUGACAUCGCCUGUUGCCUCGGAACAAUCCAGAAGAGACUGUGAAGCCAUUUGCAAGUUGGGCUUGAAGGCUAAGAUUUUAACCCAUAUUAGAUGUCAUAUGGACGACGCACGAGUUGCUGUAGAGACUGGUGUUGAUGGAGUUGAUGUUGUGAUUGGAACAUCGCAGUUUUUGAGACAAUAUUCCCAUGGGAAAGAUAUGAACUACAUUGCUCAAAGUGCUAUUGAGGUCAUUGAGUUCGUCAAGUCCAAGGGGAUUGAAAUCAGAUUCUCCUCGGAAGAUUCAUUCAGAUCGGAUUUGGUGGACUUGUUGAAUAUUUACAAGACUGUUGACAAAAUAGGUGUUGACAGGGUUGGUAUUGCCGACACCGUUGGAUGCGCUAAUCCAAGACAAGUUUAUGAAUUGGUUAGAACAUUGAAGUCAGUAGUGAAAUGUGAUAUAGAAUGUCAUUUCCAUAAUGAUACCGGUUGUGCCAUUGCCAAUGCCUAUACGGCUUUGGAAGGUGGUGCAAGACUUAUUGAUGUUUCCGUUUUGGGAAUUGGAGAAAGAAAUGGUAUCACUCCAUUGGGUGGUUUAAUGGCUCGUAUGAUUGCUGCUGAUAGAGAUUAUGUGUUGUCGAAAUAUAAGUUGCACAAGAUAAGAGACUUGGAGAAUUUGGUUGCUGAAGCUGUUCAAGUUAAUGUUCCGUUUAAUAAUCCAAUUACAGGGUUCUGUGCUUUCACUCAUAAAGCAGGGAUUCAUGCCAAAGCUAUUUUGGCCAACCCUUCUACUUACGAAAUCUUAAACCCUUCAGAUUUCGGAUUAACAAGAUAUAUCCACUUUGCCAACAGGUUAACUGGUUGGAAUGCUAUCAAGUCAAGAGUUGAUCAAUUGAACUUGGAUUUAACUGAUGAACAAUGUAAAGAAGUCACUAUGAAGAUCAAGAAAAUGGGUGAUAUUAGACCUUUGAACAUUGAUGAUGUCGACUCCAUAAUCAAGGACUUCCAUACCCAAAUUGGUACACCUGCUUUGCUCCCUUCUUCAAACAAUGGUUCAGUAUUGGAACCUUUAGAGGAGGAAUUCAGUAACACCAAACGACAAAGAACUAUAUAG